GAAAAAAAAUAAAUUAAUUGGAGGUAAAAGAGCUCCAAUUGGAAUGUUUUAUAGUCAAGUUUCAUUGCGUUGGCAAGAAACACAUCUAUGUGCUGGAACAAUAAUAUCAACAAUGCACAUUUUAACAGCAGCAAGUUGUAUUAUUUUUGAACGUAAUACAUUCGCAUCUAAUGUUGAAAUUCUAAGUGGUACUGCUGAUCAACUUGAUGCCUACAAUCCUGGCUAUUUAAGUGAAGUUUCACUUCUGAUAAAUCAUCCGGAUUAUGAUCCAAGAACACCAUGGAUCGAUGACAUCAGCAUAUUAAAAUUGGCAAAGCCAAUAGUAUAUUCACGAUUUCGAUUGAACAGUGAUUUACCAUAUAAACGACACAGUUCAAAUAUUGUAUUUAAAAUUUCUGGCUGGGGUGAUACCUCUGUUGAUCAAAGUAAUCAACAAAGUUCAAGAUACUUAAAAUACAGCCAUGCAAAAGUAUUAAAUUAUGAUAAAUGUAUCAAAUAUUUAAAACAGCUUUUUUUAUAUUUAACAAAUUCACAAAGUUGUGCAUGUAUGACGGAAAAAAAUGAAGGAAUUUUAAAUGGAGAUGGAGGUGGUGGAAUUAUUGAUAUGGAUGAUGUUUAUGGUAUUAUUUCAUUACGAAUACCAUUUGAAAAUGACAUGUUUAUUUUUACACAAGUAUGGAAACACGUUGAUUGGAUUGAAAAAAUGAUUUUAUAAUUAUCAU